AUGCCGUUGUCGAGAAAUACGGAUUUCUUUGGCAGAAAAGCCACUCUUGAUGACCUGCGAGAUGCUCUUCUUCCCCAAGAGCCUGCUAAUGAUGAGGUCGGAAAGGGAACGAACAAUAUCAAAAGCUUUUCUAUCCUUGGCCCUGCUGGAAUUGGCAAGACGCAAGUUGUUAUCGAAUUUGUGCACCUUCAUAUGCAUUGUUUCGACGCAGUGUUCUGGAUACACGCAGAUGAGCGGUCGAAAAUCAUCGAAGACGUCAACAAGAUAACGAAGCAGCUUGGCUUAGUGGACGAAGCCUCUGCUGACUCAGAUGACCAGAUUUUAACCAGAGAUUUGUUCAAAACUUGGUUAGAGAAUCCUGUACGGACUUUUGCCUCCACUUCGGCCCAAAGUCGAGCGUCCUGGUUGCUGAUUCUUGACCAUGUAAUUGACCCAAAGAUCUUGGAUGAAUUCUGGCCAGCCAAGGGAGAAACGGGGUCCAUCCUCAUUACUAGUCGAAGAAACACGUUAUGGAACGCCGCGACAUAUCCUUCUGGCACGCUGCAACCUUUCACUCCUGAAGAGGCAGUGGACUUCAUCGGCAUAUUAGCUCAAAGGGAUAUGUCAGAGGAAGAACGUCAGUGCGCAAGACUCAUAUCUGACAAAGUAAAAGGAUAUCCACUAGCUUUGAAAUACUUGACGGGCGGGAUUGUCGAGCAAAACAUAUCCUUUGCAGAAUUUCUGAUUCAGGAUCACGGCCGAAGUGCGAAACGUCGCCGGAACAUUAAUCCAGUGGUCAGGUUCAUUGACAAUGAAGAACACUCGUUCCUGGAAUCCGCUUUUGAUAGCAUCAGCCACUCUCGACCUCUCCUUGACGUCCUUUCGAUGUUGGAUCCGGAUCAUAUUCCGCUGGACAUACUAAAAGCCCCGUCAACCGGCUUCCGUCUGCCAGGAUAUCCCUCAACAGAGCAGGCCCUCCGUAGUUCUGUUCAGCAAUUGUUCAAAUACUCUCUAGUGGUAAAGAAUAAGAUACCUGAAUCGUUAUUAAUGCAUAGGAUUGUCCAGGAUGCAGCAAGGAAACAGAUGGAACCUGACUACUAUCGAGCUGUAUUCAACGCGUGUGUUACGCUAAUAUCAUCAAAAUGGCCCUUCCGCGAAUUCACAUGGAGACACGGGACUUCCAGGUGGGAUCAAUGCGAGGAGUUACUGCCUCAUGUUAUGACCCUUCGAGGAUUUGCGUCCAAACACAAUACGAGAAUGGACGAUCUCCAUGGAGCAUUUGCGUAUGCGCGACUAGUAUGCGACUGCGGGUGGUACUGCCACGAGCGAGGAAAAACCACUGAGUCGGAUAUGUUCGGCAGCAUUGCACAAAAGAUAUGCGAGGAGCUGAAGCAAUUUUAUCCCCUCGACUUAGUGAAUGCCGAUAAGAAUCCAUCUGAGCAACAGGUUGCGGAUGCACUGGCAGAAAUUCUCCACAACAGAGGUGUCGUGGCGGUGGAAGUCAACUGGCGAAGGGAAUCUCUGGAACAUCUGACGAGGUUCAAUGAGAUGAUGCUCCAAGAGCUCGGCGAUAGGCCUGCAGGGCAAGAUAUGCGACUGGCGCUCUCUUUCAACGAACUUGGGUGUGCCUACAUGCUUCGAGAUAACUUCGAGAAAGGCGAGGAAUGCUUUCAAAAGUCAAUAUCCAGCAUGGAGAAGUUGGACAACUUCGAGAAAUGGCAGAUAUCACUUCCGCUGGUGAACCUAGGCUUUGUCUAUUGGUUAAUCGGCCGCAAUUCAGAAGCACUCGACGUACUCCUGGAAGGUCUGAGCGUGAGGGAAAGGAAGUUUGGAUAUAAUGAUCGCGAAUCGUUCAUUACCGGGCGAUUUUUAUAUGCCCUGGGGAACGCGUAUGCGUCUCUAGAGAUGUUCGAUGAGAGUUUGCAAUAUCACGGGCGGGCGCUCGACCACUAUCGAGAGACUCUUGGAAGUAGACACCAUCGGACUGCAGACACAUACAUUCGAAUCGCGGACAAUUUCUUGCGACUGAAAGAUGGAGAACAUGCUUUAGCGCUUGUUGAAAAAGCCAUCCAGAUCUAUCUGUCCAGCGCGGCGUUCACAGCCGAAGCGGCUCGCGCGAGGUACUGGAAGAGCAAAGUUCUUCGAAAGCUAGGUCAGGUCAAGGGAGCAGAAAAUGAGGAAAAAGAGGCCUUGAAGCUCUAUCGCGAGGCGCGACAGAAAUUUCAGGACAUCAUGCCAGAAGAUAAGAGACCAUUUGAAGAGCUAGAAGGGGUCGAUUUUGACCGACUAAUUGUCUUUUGGUCGAGAUAG